GCGAAGGGCGCGAAGAGGGAUUAUAACCGGAGACGACCGCAUCCUCCACAUCAUCUGCUCCUCCUGCAUCCUCCCAUCCUGCAGGGAGACGGACGGGAGGACCUGCCGCACCUGCAGGAAAAUAAGAGGAGGAACAGGAUGACUGUCCACGUCCACAGGACACCCGGUGUCAGGUGUGAACAGGACGUGUGACCUCAGUCAUGUCGGUGACGCCCGGCCUCACCGACCUCUCUCGUCUUUAUCAGACGGAGUUUGUUCGGAGUGCCCGAGCGGUCGGUGUCCUCUGGGCCAUCUGUACACUCUGCUUCGCCAUCAUUCAGGUGGUCGUCCUUGUGCAGCCGUCCUGGAUCGGCACCACUGACACACGGCAACAGGGGGCGCCCAUCGGCACCCUGGGACUGUUUGAGGUGUGUGUGGAGUCGGACUGGCCAGUCCCGGACUGUCGUGGCGGUCUGUCCAGCCUGGCUCCUCUUCCGUCCUUCCAGUCGGUGGCCGUGUUGGUGGGAGUGUCCCUGUGGGCCGUGUGGAUCAGCGUCCUCUGUCUCUGUCUCUUCCGGUUCUGCAGCGCUGCAACCGUGUACAAAAUCUGUGCCUGGUUGCAGCUCACUGCUGGGUUCUGUCUGGCAUUAGCCUGUCUUCUGUUUCCAGACUCGUGGGACAGUCCAGAGAUGAGAGCUCUGUGUGGAGACUCGGUGGGCAGCUUCUCUCCAGGUCACUGUUCGGUCCACUGGGCCUACAUCCUGGCCAUCCUGGGCGUUCUGGACGCCGCUAUCUUGGCAACGCUAGCAUUCGUCCUUGCCAACAGGCAGGAUGCCCUGUUGCCGCCGGAUGCCAAGGACGUGACCACAGGUCUGCUGAUGUCAGCGUGACGUCAUGAAGAGUCCUUUCGUAUUCAGUGCUCCUCCUCAUCUUUACAUCCUUCAUCAUCAACAUCAACAUCUAAAUGAGCAAGAAGAAGGAUGCAGCUUUCCUCCUCUCAUCUUCACCUGGUUACCUGGAUACCACCUCCACCUUCUGUUAUCAUGGUGACGGAAAAAGUGUGUGUUGCGCAAAAUGUUUCGACAGGUUUGUGUUUCUGAGGGAGAGGAGUCAGUGAGCAAGAGGAGAAUAAACAUGGCGACUCUGUCGUGAAGCCACAAACAGAAGCACAACGGUUUUAUGAAAUCAUGUGUUAUGGUUUAACAGAGUUUGUGAUGUACAACAUGUGGACAUGAUGUCAGCACCAGCCUUUGUUAUAAUUCUCACUUCUUAGAAACUAGGGAUUUACUGAAUCAGCUUAAACCUCAGUAAAGAUGAGAACAUGUGAAUCACUGUCGGUCACGCUUCAGUUUUAUUUGUGUCUGGAGGAAACUUAGUUGUAAUUCAAUGAGAAGGAAACACCUCUAGCUUAUGCUAAGCUAACUGUUGUCAUUUACUCAGUUAGGUGUUAUUACUAUAAUUUGAUGUGUGUUGGGUUAUGUUGGUGAAAUGUAAUUUUAAUCUGUUGACCGUUCUCCAUGUGACCUCUUCAUCAGGUCAGAUAUUAGCAAACUAACGCUGACUGUGGUUCUGUUAAGAUAUUAGACAGCUCCUCCUGCAGUUAGCGACUGUAAGUAUUCAUAAACUGAUAUCGACCUAUGGGCUUGCGACGCUCAAAUACCUUUGACUUUUCAGGCACAUAAAGACACCUUUCAGUUUACCCUCCACUGAGUCCUGCAUGCUGUGCUGUUGUGCUGUUUGUUAUUUAUUUGAUAACUUCGACUUGUUAUCGUCAGAAACGUUCAGACUGAUUUUCUCUACAGAGCAUGAUUAAUAAUACUAACUCUGAUGAAGUAAAUGUGAUGAUUGUGUCUCCGUGUCUGUGACGUGAUCUGGAGGAUCUGUUUAACUUAAUAAACUGGAAACUCAUUUUAACUAGUUAAUAAUCAGCAAACGCGCAGUGACGCCAAAACAUCUGGACCCCCACCCCCCCAUUUGUCCCUCAUGUGUCUCCCUAGAAUCCAGUCUGCUUCAGAUAGUAGAUUAAAAGAAAAAUAAAAGGGAAAAUAGCUAUUGGAUCAUCUUGUA